AUGCGGCGAACACUCUUCGUGUUAUUUGUUGUUGCAUUUUGCUUCAUCGGCUCAGUAAUUGCCAAUUUGAGUCUGCCUCCGGGGUUCAGUCUGCGCAAGCGUCUUCCACGUUCACUUGUAGACAUCCUUCACUUACGGCACGAACAAGGCCUGCGGGACGAUACUGAACUAAGAAAUUGGCUUUCCAAACAACAGCCGGCAAUGAACAAAAUGUUCUCUUCCUCGUCGAGAGAGAACGGCAGUGAGAAGCCUGUUGUUUCUGAUGUUCUUCCAAAGAACCGUGCCAUCAAUAUAUUUGCUUCUCUCACCCGACAGUUUGAGCCCAUCGAAUCGCGUCUUAACGAUUCAUCCAAAAAUAUUACUGUUUUAGCUCCUCGGAAUAGUGCAAUUCAAAGCUUGCCUCGCAAGCCUUGGGAGAAUCCAGAAGACUACGAGAAGUUUGGUGGAGUGAGCGCAUAUGAAGGACAGGAAGGUGAAGAUAGAGCGAAGCAGAAUCUACAACGUUUUGUGGAAGCUCAUAUAAUUCCAGCAAGUCCAUGGAGGGAGGGUGAAGAGAUGGAAACACUUGGAGGGGAAAAACUGAAGUGGAUCAAGAAGGGCGAUAAGAUAUAUAUACAGCCGGGUAAUGUUGAGGUUGACAAUAUUGCUGAGACAGUGAUAAACGGCGAGCUGUGGAUUUUGAACAGUGUCCUCAACUACCGUUAA